GCUCGUGGUCCCUGGUGUCUCCGAGCCACCGCGCCUGAGGGCCGCUGCCCCCAGCUGAGGCCUGGCCCCAACGAGGAUGUUUCAGCUGCCGGCUGGCGCCCGUCUGCACCAUGAGUGAUGAGCGGCGGCUGCCAGGCAGCGCGGUGGGCUGGCUGGCGUGCGGAGGCCUCUCCCUGCUGGCCAACGCCUGGGGCAUCCUGAGUGUGGGCGCCAAGCAGAAGAAGUGGAAGCCGCUGGAGUUUCUGCUGUGCACGCUCGCGGCCACCCACAUGCUCAACGUCGCGGUGCCCAUCACCACGUACGCUGUGGUGCAGCUGCGGCGGCAGCGCCCCGCCUAUGAGUGGAAUGAGGGCCUCUGCAAGGUCUUUGUCUCCACCUUCUACACCCUCACCCUGGCCACCUGCCUCUCCGUCACCUCCCUCUCCUACCACCGCAUGUGGAUGGUCCGCUGGCCCGUCAACUACCGGCUGAGCAAUGCCAAGAAGCAGGCAGUGCACACGGUCAUGGGCAUCUGGAUGGUGUCCUUCAUCCUGUCCGCCCUGCCCGCCGUCGGCUGGCACGACACCACCGAGCGCUUCUACACCCACGGCUGCCGCUUCAUCGUGGCCGAGAUCGGCCUGGGCUUCGGCGUCUGCUUCCUGCUGUUGGUGGGCGGCAGUGUGGCCAUGGGUGUGGUCUGCGCGGCCAUCGCCCUCUUCCAGACGCUGGCCGUGCAGGUGGGGCCGCGGGCCGGCCACCGUGCCUUCACCGUGCCCACCAUCGUGGUGGAGGACGCUCAGGGCAAGCGCCGCUCCUCCAUCGACGGCUCCGAGCCUGCCAAAACCUCGCUGCAGAUCACGGGCCUGGUGGCCACCAUCGUCCUCAUCUAUGACUGCCUCAUGGGCUUCCCAGUGCUGGUGGUGAGCUUCAGCAGCCUUCGGGCGGCCGCCUCGGCACCCUGGAUGGCGCUGUGUGUGCUGUGGUGCUCCGUGGCCCAGGCGCUCCUGCUGCCCGUGUUCCUCUGGGCCUGCGACCGCUACCGCGCCGACCCCAAGGCCGUCUGGGAGAAGUUGGUGGCCCUCAUGGCUAACAAGGAGGACUCAGACAAUGAUCCCAGCCUGGAGGGUGGCAUCCCCCCAGACCUGGUGCUGGAGCACUCUCUCGACUGCAGCUAUGGAGGUGACUUUGUGGCCCUGGACAGGAUGGCCAAGUAUGAGCUCUCUGCCCUGGAGGGGGGCCUGCCCCAGUUCUACCCGCUGCGGCCCUUGCAGGAGGACAAGACGCAGUACCUGCAGGUCCCGCCCACGCGACGCCUCUCCCAGGACGACGCGGAAGUGUGGGCCGCCAUCCAGCUGCCCGCCUUCCUGCCGCGCUGGGGCUCGGGCGAGGACCUGGCCGCCCUGGUGCUGCCGUCGGGGGCUGGCCCGCGCCGCGGGGGCGGCGGCGGCGGCAGCACCAGCAGCUUCCUGAGCUCGCCCUCCGAGUCCUCGGGCUACGUCACGCUGCACUCGGACUCGCUGGGCUCCGCGUCCUAG